AGGUCCCUACAACUUCCACAUUUGACAAAUCAGCACUCAAAACUUACUGAACAUUUAUUUUCUGAUCCCUUACGAUUUCAUUUUCAAUUUCUACGCCUUUGCUUUGCAGCUUGCUAUAUCGCCUCAACUUGUUGAGAUUUUGGCCGUCGCGUUUCAUCUCGAGGGCCAAAAUGAAGUUUCGCCGAACGAUGGGAAUUCUGGGUGGUGGCGCCGCCUUCAACGGAGCAGGGGGUCCCAAGGCGGUGGCGGGCGUGGACGUGGCGCAGCUGCUGAGUCGCAUAUCCAAGAGGCAAGCAAAUUCUACACAACCCAAAAUAGCAAGACCAGCGGAGAUGAAAAAGAUCAGGAUGAUAUGAUGAAAAUGCCGUCAAAUUAGACGAAAUUAGAUUACAUGCAAAACUACGGCGCUGGUAAGCAUGAAUGCAGAAUAUGUCAUGCACUGCGAGAUCACGAUGAUAAUGAAACGACAGAAUCAAAGAAAAGCGCCACAAUGCAAUAAAAUUGAACAGAAAGAACGCUGAAGAACUACAGGCGCUUUUUUCUUUCUGUGACACAAGAAAAUGCGUCACACAUCACGAUUGCGCUUACUUGAUUUGGCAUCUCUCUCUGCUGAGGCUGUAAUUGUACAGCUUUUGUCUUGGAUAUCGCAUUAUCGAAUUUAAGUCUGUCUGGGUCUGCUAGGUCGUGACGCAAUUAUCUGAAUGAUGUAAUUAUGAUGGGCGCAGCACUGCGACACGAAUGCAAAUCUUGCCGCGCAGCCAAGCAAGACCAGUUUUCCUGUUGCUAUGUGCUGCGUAUUUUGCAUGGGGCGUUGUGUUUGUGCAUUUUUACCGGUCAGCGGAGCUCUACUUCGUGCGCCUGCAUUAGCUGAGAGCUGUGUCAGACAAGCAUGACUGCCGGACCAGAUAGAUAUUUGCAGUUGAUACGCGUCUAUCCAGUGCAAAAGUAUCGUACUCGUAGUAAUUGCAGUCAUGCGUUUACAAAUCUCUCUCUUAAGGCAAAUCAGCAUUACAAAUUUCAUUUUUCAUGCUGAGGAAAUUUGUAACUAAUGCAUUUAUACGAGUACGAUACUUUUGCAAUUCAUAGCGUCGGCACUUCUCAUGGUACUGGGGAGACGCAGCAGGGGUUCGGCCCCGGCCAAACCGGGACGUGUGACGAAAUCUUCUCGGAAUUAUCCUCGAUUGUAUCCUCCCAGACCGAGACUCAGGUGUCCAAGGAUGAAUUUUGCAGCAUGACUUCAAAAAAUGCUGGUGGCAAUGCAAACGCGAGGUACAACCCGGCGGCAGCGUCAGCAACUUAUACGCUGCCUAAAGAAGCCCCCGGCAACGAAGAAGAAGGAAAAAAAGAGAGCAAGAAACUCAUCUACACCUGCUGCACCGGCCACGGCUUUGGCAGCUUCGUGAGUUGCUGCUAGUUGUGCUACUUGGGACGAGGAAAGCCUCGCGCCGGGGAGCAGAGCCAGAGGCGCAAAGAAGUGAUCUGCACAUGAUUGAUUCAUUUUACCUUCAUGUCGAACAACGAAAGAACUUUACUGAAGUCGAUCUCACCAUCUAUCGAUUCAAAGGUUGAAAUUUAUUGUAAAUGCAUACAAUACUUGAACUUGAUGUACUUUCCAGGACCAGGUACAGGUGACCGUUACGUCCCAUUAUCAACCCUUUUGACACCUCUUUACAACCGAAAGCAACACACGGCCCGAUCGAUGGAUACUUUGCAAUUUAAUUCUAAUUUCCUCCAGCACAGGCAAGCGAACGGGAAUGAAAAUGGUGA